GACACAUCAUCAGUUUUGAUUUCCUACAGUGGUCUAUUUAUUUUGUGAUACAUUAUUUGGGCAAUUUGACUAGAAGUUACAGCUGGACGAACAUUAUACCGAUUUGAUAAGUGUGCUUGACUUGUGACUCGUGUGAUGUUUUAAAUGUUUACCACAGAGAAAUUAAAGAAAAUGACAUGAAAAAGAGAAAUAUGGAGUGUAAAACAUGUUUACUGGGUUUAUUUUGUAUAUUAUUAAAGCCAUGUAGUAGUAUGGAUCAAGCAUCAUUCUAUGGAAACAGCUACAUUUCAGUACCAUUCAAAGAAGCCAAAAGCUCUACAGACAUAUACUUUAAAUUCAAAACACAUUUGCUUGAUACUUUCAUACUACUUGUAGCAGGUAACACAGAUUAUUGCAUUGUCUCAAUAGAAAAAGGACGAAUUAAAAUAAAUAUCAACCUGGGAGCAGGAGAAUCAGAGUUACUGUCACCUCCAAACUUGAAAUUCAAUGAUCUUAAAUGGCAUGAGGUGAAUAUACAAAGAAGAGAAGCAGAUCUGUCCAUGGUAAUAGAUAAAACACAUAAAGUACAAAAACAUCUUCCAGGCAAAUUUUUUGAGUUGAACAUACACUAUGGUCUCUUUCUUGGUGAUAAUAAAAACAAAAAUAACACAGAUACAUUCUUUGGUCAUGUUGAAAAGUUUAGGGGUUGUAUUGCAGAUUUAAAGUAUAAUGAUGUGCCAGUUCUGGACCAAGCAAGACAUAGGCAGUCACAGUCCAUGGUCCAAGGUAUUACAUGGAAUUGUGCCGCAGAAUUUGAUGCUACUGUAGAGCAUGCUGUCAGUUUCAUAGAAGAUGAUGCCUAUAUGGUUAUCACUCACAAAACACACUACAAAGAUUUCAGGUUAGAAUUUGAAGUUAGGACUAUCAGCAAAGACGGCGUACUGUUCUACAAUUCUGGCCACAAAUUAAAAUCAAAUUUCUUUUUGAUUGAGCUGAACAACUACUCAGUCAGAGCAGUCAUGAAAGUAGGCGAGAAGAUAUUGAAGAUAUCCAGUCCAAAGAUAAAAAUUUCAGAUGGUCACUGGCACAAAGUGUCAUUUAAACUGACGUCGACUGUCAUUGAGUUAACUAUUGAUGAUAAAAAAAUGAGUGAAAAGAAUAACCAUGGUCACUUAUUUCCUUUAUAUGAAAGUUCCUACUUAGGAGGUCUGGAAGUGAGCAAAAGAUUCCGUGCCACACAAAAAGGUUGCAGCAAGUCCUGCGACCUAAGUUUCAGAGGGUGUAUAAGGAACCUCUUCCUAUUUGACAUGAAAAAAGGGUUUCCCGAUGCCCAUAUCACUGCCGGACUGUUACCAGGCUGUGUCUGGCAGUACCCUUGCUUGCAAAACCCUUGUAAUGAAAAUAGCUAUUGUGUACAACAAGGACUGGACUCAUUUCAAUGUUUAUGUCAAGAAGAACUUUGUGUCAACGUCAACUAUACCGAAGGUUACAAGGUGUUUUCAAAAAACAGCUUGGCGACAGAACUGGAACUACUUGCUAUAGAACCACUACAAGUUUUUGAGGGACAGAGUGAAAUCAUAACAACGAAAAACUUGCAUAUGAUUUUGGACUAUAAAAAAUAUGGUAUUGAAGAUUCUGGAAUAAACUUUUUCAUCAUCGAAGGACCUGAACAUGGAAGCAUACAAAUCGAUAUUUGGCCUCACGACAAGAAUUCAUUUUCUUUGUCAGAUUUAGCGAGAGAUAAAGUACACUAUGUUAACGAUGGCUCUGAAAAUACCCACGAUACGAUAAUUUUUGAAGUUGAGUUUACAACUGCUCACACUUUCACCCUUCCAGUGUAUCUGCAGGGUAAAUUUCGAUUCACUCUCUCUGUAAAUAUUAUUCCAACAAACGACCCACCCGUUUUGGACAUCACUGAAACAACAGUUUUCCGUACUGUACAGAUGAUCUAUGCAUGUGCCUCCCACAUACAGAAAACGCUGUACAGUGUGUUACCGCAAGCAUUGCAAAGUGAAACGUCAAAAUAGUAUACGGAGUGAUCCAAAAGUCCUUAAAUGGCAAAAUAUUUGAGAACACUUGAGGAGUAUGUUGAAAUUAAAAUAGUAAGGUUUGGAAUUUUUAUCUGGAUAUUCAUUGAUGACCUUGCGUAUGACCUUGAAGGUCAAAUUAAUUUCAACGCAAAAUAAAACUAUACGUUUAACCCCGGAAACAACGGAAAAUUGUAUGUUCAUAUAUGACGAGUGAAAAUUACUUAGCCUUGAACGUCCAUGGUCGUCAUGUCUGAAAAGUUCGCAUUUAAAAAAUCGUCUUGGCUUUGAUUCAAAUUCAUGGUCGCCAGGAAAAAAUCCUAAACAUAACCAUUGUUUAAGAUGAAUGUGCUCUAGCUCUUGUAAUGGCAUGAAAUAGCAAUUAACUUUGCCAGGGAACGAAAAAAUUCAUUUCAAACGAGGUGUUCAGAGCAGUGGACCCAGAUAACUCUCCAAAUGAGUUGAUUUACACUAUAUUGAAAUCCGAUGGAGGGUUUUUUGAAAAUGCCGACAAGCCAGGUGUGAAAAUAACAGCCUUUUGUCAGGAAGACGUUGAUGAAGGACGUAUUCUGUUUUUCGAUCAAAACAAAUCGAAUAUUUCUUAUAUAUCUAUGCAAGUUUCUGAUGGGAUUGAAGCCAGCCCUGUCUACCAGUUGAGGGUAUCCGUCUCGCCUCAAUACUGGAGACUAGAAAGAAAUACGGGCUUAAUAGUUUUGCACCAAACUUGGUCGAUAAUCACUCCAUACAAUUUGAGUUUCACAUCAAACGUUGCUAUUCCUGAUUACACUGCUGUUUUUACAAUUGUGAAAAAGCCAAGAUAUGGAGUUGUUGAGGUUGAGAAAACUGUCAAUUCUUGGGAAGCUGUUGAUACCUUCACUGGGAGUGAUCUCAAACAACACCGUGUCAGAUAUAGACAUACUACCGCCAAACCAGAUUUUGACGAAUUUCAGUUUCGAACUCUGGACAAGACGCAGACCUACACGUUCCGUCUAACAUUCGCUAAAUGUACGUUAUUCAAGCAUAACGUGAAUAACUUACGUCUCAACGACCAGUGGGAAGUACCAGUAACUACAAAAGACCUUUCAUUUGAAACAAAACCCCCAAAAGUACUGACUUAUAUACACUACGUUAUAUCCAAACCUCCUCAAUAUGGGUUCCUGUUUUCAUCAGUCUCAAAAUACAGAUUGAAAACUUGUGAUAUGUUCACUCAAGAAGACAUUGCUUUGCAAAAUAUCAAGUACAGAUUUUACCAGAAACCUUACUCUAAUGUUGAAGAUACAAUAACUUUGGCUGUACUGUCACCUGGGUGUAACAACAUUACUACUAACCUUACGAUAGGAUAUACACCUAAGAGAGAUGAAGAAACUCAAAUCAGUGUUAGUUUCAAGCAUUUAGAUGUUGAUGAAGGGUCAACGGCUAUUAUAGAUUCCACUCAUCUUAGUCUGAAGGCAAGCUUCAUCAGCGAAGUACUGUAUAACAUUACUGAGAAACCUAUACAUGGAUUUCUACAACUUGUACACAAAGAAGUUAUUAAAAACGACACGGAUUAUUUCAGCUCAGAAGAUUUGAAAACGAAUUCACUACAUUACGUUCACGAUGGCUCAGAGACUCAGGCAGAUUCUUUUACAUUCUUAGCUCUAUCAAAUAACGACGAAAACUUUGAAUACGUCGGAAAGUUCAAUAUAAAAAUUACUCUGAAAAAUGACAAUAGCCCUGUGAGAGUUGUAGAUAAGGUUUAUCACAUAGUAGUUGGUGGGGAAAGACUUAUCACUGGAAAAGAUUUGAAAUAUAUCGACGAAGAUCUAGAUACUCCCACAUCUGCAAUAGUGUAUACGUGCAGAGAAUCUUCCAACGGGAAUUUCUAUAACAUAAAUGACAUGAACGCUAAAGUAACGGAAUUUACUCAGGAAGAUUUGGAUAAUAAUAGGAUAAUGUUCAAGCACAAAGGGCCUGAAUAUGGCAAAGUGAGGCUUUGGGUAACUGACGGACAGUUUCAUGUGAAUGGCGUUCUUGAAAUUCAGGCGUCAGCACCAUUUAUUCAUAUCGAGAUCAACAAGAAAUUUAUUGUACAACAUGGCAGCUCAGCUGUCAUCACAAGCGAUCAUCUGUCAUACUCUACGAAUUUGUUCGCAUUAGAUAGAGACGUUUUUUAUGAGAUUGUUACCAAGCCGUCUUUUGGAAAAGUUGUCGCAACCCAAACGCAAAAGCCAAUGAAAAAUUUUACCCAAGAAGAUGUGAAUAAGGGUCUGGUGAGUUACGUGAACGAAAAUACGGUUGGAAGCGCGGAUGAGAUAGUGAUUCGAGUCAGAUGCAGAGAUGCAGUGAAUAUCGCGCACUUAAGCGUUCUGAUGCUUCCAGCCAAUUAUUGGGAACCUCUUGAACCCAAGCAUUUGAAGAAAUUGUCUGUUGAAGAGGCUACCAGCGUACAUAUCACUAAGAAGACGCUAGAGGUAUAUCAACCAAAUGUCCCGCCAUCAGCCAUAGUAUACUAUAUAGCCGACAUGCCAGAAUAUGGCUACAUUUCUAUAAUAUCAGAUACGAAAAAUGGCAAUGAACCUGUGAAUGUCAUGUCGUUCUCCCAAGAUCUUAUAAACGACAACAAAAUCAUUUACAUACAGUCUGUUGCAAAUCAAACUAAAGACACAGUGAUUUUCAACGUUACCAAUGGCAUAGUUUGGAAGAACAAUCUCCAUCUUUCUGUAGAAAUAAUACCAGAAAAAUUUUACCUAGGGACAAACAACCUAAUAGUCAAUGAAGGAGGUGUCGUGGCUAUAACUACAAACCAUAUAUACGUUCUAACAGAUUAUUACAAAUCAAAAGUAACAAUGUACAAUAUCAAAGACAGUGUAAAACAUGGCUGUGUACAGUUACACAAAAGAUGCAUGAAAUCAAAAUCUUUCUCUUUGAAAGAACUCCAAGCUGGUGUGGUACAAUACGCACACGAUGGUAGCGAAAAUAUGGAAGAUCAAAUGGUAAUCAUAGGCGAAACAGGUACGAAAAAGAGCGUACCUGUCACUUUCAAAAUUACAGUGCUUCCUGUAAAUGAUCAAAAACCGAAAUUGGUCAAUAAUACUGGAUUAGUCAUCUGGGAAGGAGGAAUGGCAGUUAUCACAAACGAAAUGCUCGCUGCUACUGACGAUGAUAGACCACCAGAGACGUUAAAAUAUCAUGUACAAAGUUGUUGGUGGGGAAACGUAGCUUUGCUCUCAGAUUCAUCAACACCUCUCAACUAUUUUACUCAAGAAUUAAUAGAUAAAAGAAUGGUUGUAUUUCAUCAUCAAAAUGGUACUGAAGCAAGAUUCAAAUUCAACAUUAGCGACGGUCUACACACGACGAAAGACUACAUGUUUUUCAUAAAAACGAAACCCGUCCAGCUGAAGCUAACCAGCAAGCCUUUGCAUAUUUUCCCAUUGCAAAGAAAGUACCUUACUUCAAAUCACCUUCUGACGGUCAUAUCAGAUCCUGAUAGAGAAGUUCAUUAUGACGUUAUCAUACCACCUACUCUAGGCAGGCUAAUGAUGGAAUCAGAAAACGCGGGAAUUUUUAAAGUGGUCAACACAUUCACCCAGAGCGAUCUGAAUAAUAGCAAAGUGUUCUAUGAACAUACUCAUCAAUUUUCAGAUCUCUACGCCAACGAUUCUUUUACAUUUAAUGUUAAAGCGCAUACUGCCCCAAAAUUGAUAAACCAGAUUUUGAAAAUAGACAUAUCAGUAUCAUCUGGAGGCUUAGACGCUUACGUGAGUAUUCCUAAAAUAUUUGUCGACGAGGGAGGAUUGACAAACAUACCCCUGAACUUAUCGGGAGUGGUAUCUUUUCUGGAAAACCACGCUGGGCUAAGAUCCCCUAUAAUCCACGCAUCGGCCUUGCCGCCUCAGCAUGGUCAAAUUUUCCUACAACACGCUAGGAACCUCACCACAUUCACUCAGCAACAACUUGAGUCUGGGCAGGUGUUUUACGAACACGAUCAUUCCGAUUCCUUAGGCGACAAUAUCCACUUUUCAUUAUAUUUGAUACCGGGAUAUGUUACUUUAUGUAACGUGACAGUCCCUGUUAUUGUAAAUCCAAUAAAUGAUCAGCCAUUCAAUCUUGUAACCCCGGCUCCCAGUUUGCUGGUAGUCCAGGGAGAAAAUCAUACGAUUACGAGACACGAAUUGGCUACUGAAGAUAGUGACACUCCUCCUUCGAUGUUGAAGUAUGACGUCAUAUCCGGACCUUCGCACGGAAAAUUAGUGCUGAUGCCUGAGAAUGUUGCAGUUAUCCACUUCACGCAAGGCGAUAUAGAUGAUGGGCGAUUGAUGUAUGUCCACGACGGUUCCGCGUUAACCGACUCGUUCCACUUCAGAAUAUGGGAUGAAAAAUUCAGACCUGAGUUUCAUUUAUUUAAUAUAAUGGUAACUCCUAUCAAUAUCACUGUUUUGCCUGGUAUCCCAGUGUACCUGCUACAAGGCUCCGAUGUUGAGUUGUUGACAGUUAAACAGUUUUACAUACAGACAAAUGCUGAUAGAAAUAAAAUACAGUUUAGCAUGAAACGUAAAACGAAGCAUGGAAUGUUGUAUAAGGAACCAUUCUACAAAGAUAAACCGAUAACUUCAUUCAUGUAUUCAGAUUUAGUACAAGGCAAAGUGAUGUACCUCCAAACUGACAUGACAACAGCUAACGAUAGCUUCCAAGUGUUCGCUGAGAUGAAAACUGGCAAUAAUUCGUUCGGGAAUGACGUAGAGGUAUUUAUAAAAGUGAAACCUUUUAUGCAUAUACAUAAUUUGACCACAAAGGCGGCAGAAAUCAACAAGAUAACUCUCCAGACUUUAGAUGCCACUCCCUUGGCUAAGAUAACGAAUAGCAAUCCUCGAUAUACCAUCCUCAAGCAGCCCAAGUAUGGCCAAAUCAAGAAAAUAAUAAGAAGUUCAGGGGAAAAAAGGAACGUUUUGGACACGGCCGUUAUGGCCUUUACGCAUGAAGAAGUACAAAGUGGCCUUAUCUACCUGGCAGUGAAAGACAUAGAAGUCCCUUGGGAAGGAGUUCAUGAUAAACUGGUGUUUAUGGUAGCAGCCACUAUCUUUCAACCUGCUAUUGGAGAGCUCAAGAUUAACAUCAAGUCACCUUUGAAUAAUGAUGUUCUGUCGACUUUGCCAGGUCCUAGCGAUCCUGCAAGUCAUGAAGGGGGACUUCAUCUGUCAAGCCCCAAUAUGACUAAGGAUUACUUACUGAUAGUGAGUAUGGCGGUAGGCGUGGUAGUUCUGGGAAUCGGCGUAGUGGUAGUGAUCAAAUGCCGAUCCAUAGAAGGUCGAGUAAACAAAGAAGAAAAUAUCCAACCUAUCCCGUUGCCCCGUCCACCUGAUAGGCUGAUGUCUUCAUCCCCCACCCUGAAGACAGCCGAAGACAGCUUCACCCCUAUUCCAGGGGUUCUACCCCAGUGCAAAGUGACGCCCCUAAAUAGGGGCGAGCUUGAUUCUCCAUCACCGCAUCCAUGCUAUCCGUAUGGGGUAGAUGAUAACCCCGAUGAUUGGAGUAGUAUCGACGCUUCUUCCGAUCCACCAUGCCCUACCAAGAAUAUUAUGCUCCGUAGAAACCAGUACUGGGUCUAAGUAUAGGUAGACCGAGAAGUGGCAACGUUGCAAGACGCGUUAUUUUCGUAUGGAAGUCAACAGACCAAUUCAAAACGAUUACAUAAUAUCACAAGUAUUAUUUUUUUCUACAGACGUCAGAAUUACUUUCACAUGCUCCUUAAACAUUUUUUUCUUGAUUUUUGGAGCACAAAUGGUAAAUAAUAAACAUCCAUACGAACAUCAUGCGAUAUUUAGUGGUGUCAUUUCUUAGACUAAGACUUUUAUAUUUAAAAAUAAUGUUUAUACAUUGUCGCUGGGAAUGUGGACAUUUUUAUUUAGGGCUAGUUUACAGGCUUUUCUAGAACCCGCCGAAUGGUGUGACUCGUUUCAAAAUGGAUGUAUAGGGUUCUUUAUAAAACGCUCAAUCGAUUGUGUAUGGAAAACUUUUUUGAAAACCUGUCAGCCUUCACAGUCUGCUUCACACAUCUCUAAUCUACCAAAUAUCUCAGCUCUAAGGCUACAGUUAUUAUUGAUGCGAAUUCUGAAGAAAUUUUGUUCUGACUAACUCGUUCAAAUAAACACACUAACAAUGAUCAUCAGGUCAGAGUAUGAACGGCGUCGUCAGAAGCAUUUGAGCGUUCAGAUUUGAUUUUUCUCGUUCGACCUGCAUCUUUUUGAAUACUUACUUGAUUUUUUCACCAUGGACAAUGAUAAAUUGAUAACCAUUGUGUUCCAGAACAGUUUACUAUGAGAUACGAGAGAAAAGCAUUAUCUCUAACAACCUUUCAGUGUUGUCACUACUACUAGAAACUAAAGGAUUGCCAUGCUCUUUUUUUCCACCAUUUAACAGUAACUUCAGUAAAGGACUUUCAAGAAAAUAAGAUUCGCCAACUCCGUCCAUAUUUGCUGGGUGGCAGAAACAUACUGACUGCCAAAAUGUCGGUCAAGCUCACAUGAGUGAAAUUUUACUUUGGAAUAAUGUGCUACUCCUAUUUUUAGGGCGAUUAAAUUAUAAGAGUGUCGUCUAUUGACACUUGAUGGCAGCAGACUUAUUUCUAACCACGUUUUAUGCGACUAUUAUUUUUAUUGUAAGAAACGAUAUAUUUCAAUUUUGAGCAGUUUUUGAUAACCAACUAAGGUAAACAAACGCUGAAUCAUGAGAAUGACGAGUGACAACACUUAUUACCAAGGUUUUGAGCACGGGAAGAAAAGUGCACUUCUUACGUUCCGGAAGGAUUACUUUGUUCUAUUUUCGAUCGCAUGGAACAGGUACGUCAAACAACGCUAACAUUUUUAAAGAGUAGUAAAAACUGCACUCCGCAAUAAUUUACGAACGCAGCCCAGUGUAACCGGCUUGUUCUGACGAAGAUCUCGGGCGUACUCGUCUGGAUUCCCGUUAAUAGUAACCGUAGCCUUGAUCUUAAUGCGGUAUACAAUUUGCCUAGCUUCUGUGCCCAUUCGGAUAGGCGUUAUAAGUAUUAUUCCUACGUCUACUAAAUUCUGGGCAGGUGAUCCGCUUUCUUGUUGGCUGGUACACCACUGUACCAGGGCACCGACGAUAAGAACUAGACUACGAAGGACUAUGUGGCACUCUUAGACCUGUACGAGACCUCAUCUUGUCUUAGAACUUUUAUGCAAUUUUUUAAAAGUCCAAUGGCAGUAGUUUUCCAUAGACUUAUCGCUUUAGCUCGACUAAAGACCUUUACAUCUAAAGGAAAUACAGAUAGUGUAAGAUAGUUAGAUAUCAGUUGACGUAUCGUAUUAGUACUUUGACUAUAUCUAUAUGCAAACUAUUUGAAGAUGUGUAAUAAACGAAAUAAUUGUAAUGUUCGUUGUUCAAACGUAUAUAGAAUUGUUGGAUAAAAUAAAGCUCACACUCACACUUUAAAGUCCGUAGGACUAAAAAACGCAGAAACUGGGAUAUUUUCCAGCACAAUCUAUCAACUGGCUGAAGGUGUUGAGUAUCAGCUAAGAUUUUUAAACUCAUAGCUCAUAGUAUCCUCUGUUCAAGAGAAACAAUGAAGACAGGAUAAAAUAUUUAUAAAAGUAUAUCCUGUUUGCAAGUUUUUUAUUCAUUUUUUAAGAACUGUUCUGAACUUGGGUGUUUCUGUUUUUAUACUAUUAUCUAAAAGCUUCAUAGAUACAAUUCACAAAAUAUUAUUGAUUGCUAGAAGACACACUGGAAGAUAAGUAGAGUGUGCUUUCUGCAGAUCAUAAUUUCGCUUGCAAUCAAUCGAUUUUUUUACAGAUCUCAUCUAAUGCUUCGUUCUUCCAAUAAAAUCUUAUUCAUACAUAAUAUAUUGCAUCAAUCAUGAAACAAUUUCAGGCAAUAUUAAAAUGGUAUUUGAGAGAUACGCUGACACUUUAAAACCCUGUUAGGUAAUUUUUCAAUCCCAAGAUUCAGAGUCGCUAUUGGUAAAAUGUCUUACUCCCGAAUUAUUGGCCCUGGGAAGUAGAAUCGUAGCCGUAAUCUUUGGAACAAUCAACAGAGUUUCGUGUUUUGGAAAAAUAUUUAUAAGCCACUCGCGCAGGUAGAUAAAAGUAUGAAAUAUUUAAUAAUUAUAUUGUGGCAAGCAUAAUUGCUAAAAUGCAAAUUUCCAAUGUUGCGUGCAAAAGCGGCAUCUUCUAUGUAUUUUUGCCCAACUGAAAUAAUUGCGAGUCACACCAAAUUGUUUAGCGCGUCUGGUGACACAAAUCAAGAAUUUAAAGUCGGCCAGGGAUUCUAAAAGAAAUAUUUUGUAUAGAUUUUGCCGGACCUGCGAAACUAUUCUGCUGAUUACUAGAAUUUUAUCGCCUAGAUAGUAGCCCGCUUUUUCAUUGACGUUUGUUAACGAUGGUUGGAGUAGUGUAAGAUGCAGAGCUAGGUUGCUUUUUACAAUUUUCGAACUAGACAAGAUAUAUUCCGUAUGAAGGGUAGAAUCGACCUAGUUCGGGAUCUUCUGUCAGAAGUGACAUGUUUUGUAUGCUUCUCAAGUGUAAUUUUUAUAACCUUAAGAUAUCUGUGCACGAAAAGAUCCUGCCGAUAUCUUUGGAGUCGUUAAAUUAGGUGUUUUUCCCAGCUGACAAUAAUUUUUCAAUAUUUAUAUCCCGAAUUUUUCUUGGUCGUCAGUCUUUUUACACAAGAGCUUCACUUACCAGUCGCGUAUGGAGUGAUACCUCUUUUAAAUGGUUACUUUAUAAAGCGGCGCAACUGCUAUGUUUGCAAUGCACUGAAUGUAAUUGUAAAAAUUUACUUUCUUUGCAAAUACGGUAAAAACUGAGACCCGGUUUUUCAAUCCCAGGUUCGCUAUGAUUUUACAGCAAACCAUCAGUGAACUCUCAUAACGCGUUCGUUAAAGUCAGAUAUGUCCUAAAACUCUAACCACAAAACCAUCUCCGGGUUAACUAGAAAGUUGUAGUUAAAUUGCAAUGCCUAAACUUUUUUGCUUAACAGUAAGAUGAGUUGUCGGGGAUGACAUUGUACACAAACGCACAGAACACUAUAGUUUAGACAUAGACGCAACAUUUCCGGGUUAGUUAACCAGUACCUGAAAAACGAAUUUACAGAAAGCUUAGAGUUACCAAACUUGGAAGUUAGUAGUAGUAGUCGUGGGGAGGCGAAGCCCGGCAACUAGGCCACGUUUGACCUUUUUGACCCCGUAGUAACUAGGAUGUUAACCAGCGAUUGAAAAACCGCGCCUUAGAUUUACCGAAAAGGCAGUAUUACAUAACAGAAAUGACUUUUGACUUUGUAUGACUCCCAUAUGCUAAUACUGGUAACAUAUAUACUUAGAUGUACUAGUUUUCGAUUGCUCUUGGUGUAACUUUGGAUGUUGUAAGUAUGACCAAAAAAAUUUGGCUGUUUAAAUCCCAUAGAUAUAUUUUAUUUAGAAAAUUUUCCGGAACAAAUGUACCUAUGUAUGUGUGUGACCAUCAUAUAUUCUUUAUUUUUACUCCUUAUAGAUAAUUUUUUAUACCAAUAAGUUCAUUAUUUAUAAAGGUCAAAAUUACAUUACUUGUUACUACCGCGAUUUAGAAUUUAGCGACUCAGCAUAUCUAAUUCUUGAGAGUAGGAAAUGUACGUUAUCUCAUUGAAAAAUAUUCUAUGCCAAACAGUAUAAAAACUAUAGAACAAUACUGGCUAAAAAUCAAAUUUCUUAGCGAUUUUAUUCACAAGUGUGGCUAGUCCUGUAGUUAGUUAUUCUUGUUCUGAUAAGACAACUGAGAUUGAUCAAAAAACCGUUACAUAAACAUGACUUAGACAAAAUAUGCUCAACUUUAACAUCUCAAUAUAUUUACUUAAAGUAUGGGUACCCAGGAUUUGCCCACCCUGGAGAGAAAAUUUGCUACCCCCCCACUCUCUUCAAAAGUUUUAGGGAUAGGUACUCUCACAAAAAGUUGUCUUUAGGGGAUUAGUGCCCCUCUCCCGUAUACGUUUGUUUGAAAAUACUUUUAGCAGAAAGGUUUACCUGCGUGAACUUUGAACCAUCUGAUAUAAAUAUGGAAAAAAAUGUUGAGCUUGGCAAAAUUAUGCAAUCAAAGUUGUAUCAAAUUAUUCUGUUAGUUAAUUUUUCCUAGGUGCCUCUGUUAAAUACUCUUAGUUGCAUAUCACUAUGGUCAAAAAUUAAAAGUUCGUCUUUUAGCAGUAUUAUAAAAUAAAUUUGUAUACACUUCUUUCUAUAUCUAUAUUGCUCAAUUUGUACCAGUAAAUGCAACGAAAUAAUAAAAGGUGCCUAGCCGUUAAUCUGGGAAAACAGACGAAUCAGUCAAGUAGUGUAAUUUUGCUCCAGUGUUGAUUUUUGAUAUUAUAUCCUACAUAGGAGAAUUAAUAUGGUGUUA